UGGGGUCGACAGCUUAUAAAAAUGUAUUUCUGGGUUAUUUAGCUUGUUUGCUGUACAACUUGUCACACAGCAGCUUUUAGACAUUGUUUUGUUUUUUGUUAUAAGUCAUAAGUGACAAGGAGGCAGCCUCUCGCAAUGCAAAGUGACGGGUGGAUUGUUUUCCCCCCGUGUGGGCGUGGCCUAAAUACGCUCUGUCUCUAUCAGUUUGCCGCUCAAUCACGAGUUAUUGUCAGUACUAGUUACUACAGCCUACAGUUUGCUAGCUAGCAAAGUCAUCGACUACCAUCGUUUAAAUACAUUGACCAGAGCAUAACCACUUAUCUUCACCCAAGAGACCUACUGUUGGACAAUUGUUUUGGCUUUAAAGGUAAAUGCAUUGUUUGUCACAAUGUCUAGCUACUGGGCCAAAAGGAGAAGAAUAUUAAAAGGAGUUGAGAGGGACAAACAGGAAAUUGAAGCUGCAAACAGUGCUCUACUUGCUGUUAUCGUACCCUGGCAGCAUUUGUGUGAAAAUGCUGGAGGAGAAAGUCAUCGCUCAUUUAUUGGCCCUUGGACUCCCCUGGCACCUCGUGUACAGCAUGAAGUUUUCUGCUAUGAAGAUUUCCAGAGACUCCAGAAUGAGAACCAAGCCCUGAGGGAUGAGAACCAAGCCCUGAGGUAUGAGAACCUAGCCCUGAGGGAAAGCAAUGCACCAGCAGCUUCGGAUGACAGCGGCUCACUUAUAGAGCAGGUGAAGCAAGUUGGGACAAUGUUGAAGAUGUUUGCCCGCACUGGGCAAUCAGGUGCAGAUCAGACCCUAAUGCUGCGACUUCUUGGAGAGUUUGGCGAUGUUGUGCGUAGCAUGGACAACAAAAUGGACACUAUGAUGCAACAUUUCAGUGCCAAUGUGUCUGUUGGAGAGUUAUCCCUGCCAGGGGAUCUGUUACUCCCCCUAGACACCCAGGAAGAUUUGGCAUUGCUUGACAACAUUUUGAGGCAGGAUAAAGAGCUCCAGCAACGAUUUCUUCGGUUUUUGGCAAUCAAAUGUGGGAGGGACCUAAAGACAACCGUGUGGCGAAUGCUUCAGAGUAUCUUCUCUAAUCACCUUUCCAUCAAUACAACCUGGACUGGUGUAGGGGAUAAAGCAUGUUUUAGAGACAUGUUCCUGAAGACCAUUGUUCAAAGAGCCAUCCGGAAGAACCCGGCAACCCAGGAUGCCACUGAUGAGGCGAUCCAGGUUAACGUUACGCGUUACCUGAAAGGAGCAUCUGACCGUGAAGGUGGAAAAAGGCGGCGCACAGCUGAGAGGGACCCUCAGCCGACCCCUUAAACCUAGGCUGACUACUGACACCCCAGCAUCACUGACAACUGGAACCCUUUCUUUAUCCGGCAGUCAGUAACAUCAAGACCCCUAAAAAAAGCCUGCUAAAAGUGUCAGACUACACUCACCCAAUCCACACUGUUCACUGUGGAAAUUGCUCUCUUUUUCUUUUUUUCACGUGACCCUGCCUUGAGGACAGCUCCUUGGAUGAAUAUGGGAUGGUUUGUCCUAUACAGGCGCACGAGGAAUCACUGAAGAUAUGCCAUUUUGCACUGCCUCAUUCUGGAGGUCGGGGAAAACCGGUGAUUCUUAGCCCACUAUGCCACGCAGACCCCAACCACUCCAGACAUUCUGAUUGGCUGUGUUCUCUACAGCCAGAUUUUCUGCUGUUAAUUGUAUUUGUUCCCACUUGUUGUCAUGUGUAAGUUGAAUGUCAAAAUUUAUAUUAUACCUGUUAUCCUGCACAUUCUUUGAUCUCAAUUAUUUCAUAUAAAAUUUGCUGCUUAUUUCAUUGUUACAGUGCUUAACUAUUCUAUUUUUAAAUAUAGCUUGUAAAUCCUAGAUUAUGCAUCUAAUACUUGAUAUCUGCACAUUAUCUGGUAUCAAAUAUUCUACUUACUGUGACUUUAUUUAUUAUUGGCUUAUUUCAUUCCGUCAGUGCUUAACGAUUCUAUUAUAGUUUGUAAAUCCUAUUUACAAAUCCUAUGCAAUUGAUAUUGCACAUUAACUAGUACCAAAAAUUCUACUUUCAUUCCAUCAGUGUGCUUAACUGUUAUUCUAUUAAAAAUAGCUUGGGAAUACUAUUUCAUACCUCUGAUACUUGAUAUUGCACAUUACCUGGUACCAAAUAUUCUACUUCAUUCCGUCACAGUGCUUAACUGUUAUUCUAUUGUUAAAUAUAGUUUGUAAAUCCUUGUGCUACAGGUCAGCAUUGCCGUUAUAAUGGUAUGCUUUACUCUAAAUUAUUACCACUUAUCCUAUUGUUAGAAAUGACUUGUAAAUAUGAUGUUAUACCUCAAUUUAUUUGGUAUCCUGUACUUUCUUUAGUACCAAAUAUCCUCAUUGCUUAUGUUUAUUUAUUUUUUACCAAAAUUUAAUUGGAAACCUGCAUGUUCUUUUGUGUGUGUUAUACACAUGUUUGUAUUUUUCUGUUAUUUAUAUUUCAGUGAUCUGACAUCUUGUUUCAAUGACAGUUACUGUACUUUGAAAUGUGGAAUUAAAAUGCC